UAAAGGAGGGAAAUGGAACAGAAGGACAUUCGCGUACGUUUCUAUUGUUGUUUUAUUGGGGAAAAAUAUCGGGAAUUAUACCAUUCAAGUUGUCGAAAAGUCAGCAAUUGCAUCGCUCGUAUCCAAGUAUUAUUUACGUGGUAUUCCUCUUGAUAAUUUACGUCUACGCGUCGUACAGAAUUGUGAUUGAAAGAAAAGAAGCAUCGAUACUUGGAGAAACACCGUUGAGCCUGAUAAUGGAUCAUAUAGCUAUUAUUGUUGGACUUUCGGAAAUGCUAUUAGGAUGGUCACUCUUCCUCAUCGAAAAAAAGCGCGUUCAAUCGAUUCUGACGAGUUUCUGCAGAAUCGAUCAAAUUCAAACGCGAUUGAGAAUAAAAGAGGAUUUCGAAAAACAUUACUUUCGAUUAGCAAUUACUCUGAUGAUUUGCAACUGUUUAAUUAUCAUUCGAAACAACAGUUGGAUCUUGUUGGUUCAUUGCGAUGAUUUAAAUUUUUUUAUCUACGGGUUGUUGUCAAUAAUUCCUAUGAACAUAGAAAUUUUGUUUCUAUGGAUCGUCUUUAUUGUACGAGAAAUGUUUCAACAUCUGAAUGAAAAAAUUAAAAAUUGUUUGAACUACCGUCGUAGUUCAUGGAGCAAAUCGACGAGUGAAACGUCAUUGGAAAUCGAAGACAACUCAAGCUGGCUCCUUUCUCGACAAAUCGUCACAUUUUCGCGUCUCCAUCGAGAAAUAAGAAACGUGGUUCGUCUCACCAGAGACCACUUUGCUCUACUUUUAUUUUUAAACCGUCUGAAACAACUGUGCAGGUUUACUACCUGCGUUCAUGUCACUUAUCGAUAUUUGAAAAAUUGUCAGUAUUUCAAUUGGGAAGAUUCGAUCUACAUGUUACAUGCUUCUGUGUGGAUCAUUACUCUAAUUAUUUUCAUGUAUAUAUUUUCGGACAUCUGUGGAUCUAUGACGAAAGAGGCUAACGAUACUGGGAAUCUGCUCCAUGCAUUUCUAAAUAAAUGUUCACCUUUGAAAAAAAACGAAGAAAUAGCGAAACUCAACAUUUUUCUAUUUGACCUUUUACAAAAUAACAUUACUAUAUCUCUUUUGGGACUCGUCGAAGCAAACUAUUUUUUAGUUUACAGUCGCCAAUUUGCCCAACCCUGGUCGCACCUGAUGUAGGGCGAGAAAAGAUCGAAGCAAGAGGGGAGAGAGAGAGGAGUGACACCGCGUAACGAGUAUCGAUCGCUUUCGGCAGAAUUUCGUAGGAUAUCGAGCGAGCAGGACGUGUGAUCCCGAGAGUGUAAUACCGUGAGUCUUACCCUUUUCAUUGUUCGUUUAGUUCAGUGAGCUCUCGUAAAUAUUAAUCCCGAAUAUUGUUGUCUGUUCAACAAAAACUAUAGUUAUUGUUAACGGGAAGAAUUAUUCUGUAACAGAUCCCGUCUAUUUGAUUUUGGCUCGACAAAUUGUGGCCACGGCGACGAUUUCGCCGCGCUGAUAUAGAAGCUUUAGUUUGCUUAAUUUUUCCGGUGCCUGCGUUCCAUUAUCGCGAAGUGGGUUUCCUUUCAUAUUGAUUCGCUGCGUAAAAGAAAACGGUUAAUUCGCGUGGCCGUGUACGAAAAUUCUCACGAGUCGUGUCGUCAACAUUUCGGAAGUAACCGUGGGGAAAAGGUCGGGAACCUUGGUGCGGGAGUGAGUGAGAAAGUACGAGUGGAUCGGGAGCGCGUACGCGUGCGACGGGAGAACAGCCCGGCCAAGUAACCGAAUGACGGGGGCUUGGUGAUUUUUCUGAUAUCCCGAGUUUCUUUAAUAUCGAAAUUUCCAACAAUAGUAAAUUUUCUGACAGCGAGUAGAUCCGCGACAGAAAGGACGGGCUCGAUAGAAUUUUGUGAUGUGUGUAGUUUUCCCGAUCAGAGAGUAAGAGUGAGUGUGAGUUCGUGACUUUUUCCCCUCGUGUUUCGCGAUCCUCCCGUAUAUUGAAAAUUAGAAUAAUUCUCCGCCGCGGUAAAUGUAAUC